AUGGUGAAUCCUGGUGGGGCUCCUGAGAGGUACGAGAUUUUGUCAAGUUGCUGGCCUAAGCUGCGCAUCUCCGAAAACCUCUUCGACAUUGUCGAUCUCUCGCCAUCACUCAAGCAAAAACCUCACCUCGCCAUCGUCUUGAAACCCUCUCCCACCGAAACCACCUUCAACCCGUACAACCGCAACACACGACCACACUUGAUAGACUUUCCGAAUUGGCGUAGCGCGGAAAAACGACAAUUAGAAGUUAAACUUGAAAUAAACCCGCGAGAAUAUGCCAAUGCUUUUUCUCAUACUUACACACUAAAGAGAAUGGUGAUGGGAUUGAAGCAAGGCCCAUGGCUGGGCUCAGAUGAAGAAGGCAUGCUUCUUUAUGAACAAAAUGGAGACACCAUGGCAUCAACUAAUUAA